CUUAUCGAGAUGAUACCGACCUAAGGUUUGAUUAGUUUCUUCUUAUAUUUUGCUUCUUGUUAGUGGUUUAUAAUAACAAACAACAUGUCUGUGAGCCCUCUUUUACGUCCUUUGGGAAUCAUCGCAUCGAUUUUAGGAAUGAUACAAGGUCUAACAUGGACAAUUCUUGCAACAAUGAUUAUACUGUUAUAUGCAGAAGCUGGGAUUGCAGAUAGUGUUUCUAGGCGUAAUAUAUUCAAUAAUAUUGCUUACGAACAUUUUUUUCGUUAUGAUAUGAAAUUAGAGGCUCAUUUCGCUGGAACAACAAUAUUCAUUUUUGGACUUGCUUAUUGCGUUUUUUCGUUUAUAUGGGCAGUUAUUUCAAUAAUUUUAUUUUGGAGUUUUUUGAAAGAAAAAUACGAAUAUGCCAGAUUAAGUUAUUUCUGGGCUGUAAUAGCAGCAAUCAUAACGUGUUUAGAUGUAACUACAAUAAUUCUUAUAGCUAUUGAUAUGCAAAAAUUAGAAAGUCAUUAUAAUCAGGAUCCUUUAACGAAAUAUAUGUAUCGUUCCGUUGUGGGAAUUGCAAUGACUAUAGCCGCUCGAGGUUAUGUCCUUUUAAUAAUUAACGUUAUUGUAGCGACAUAUUUGACAAAAUUGGUUAAAACUCUUCCACGAAUUCCAAAGCCAGUUCAAAGUAAUCGACCAAUAAAUCGACCACUUUAUUAUCUAUAUAGUACUUAUCAUUACCCAAAUGUUAUUAAUACAAAUGAAAAUCCUCCUCCAUCUCAACAAGAAAACUCAAAUAAUUCCAACAACCAAACUUUACAACCAAUUGAUAAACCUGAAAUGCGUCGAAUAUCAAAUCAAACGCAAAAUUCAGAAGAUAGUAAUGAUAUAAGGAGUAUGUCUGAUUUUGCAAUUAGUGAUAUUGGCCCAUAUAUUCCACCCCCGGAUUACGAUGACGAUGAUAAUCCUAGAUGGGGGGAGUUAAAAAGAAUGCGUAAAGCGGUGAUAAAACCUCAAAGUUAUAAUUGAAAUUACUUUGAUGAAUAAAAUGGCGUAUAAAAUA